AAGCUCCCCCCCCCAAACGCAACCACAAAUUCCAACUUCAACAACGAUAUCGCUACCCAUAACACUUCUGUCACUGGAACCCCGUCUCGCUUAGAACAUAGUACGUAGGCCGGCAGCCAAUAACGUAUUUCACUCGGGAGUUGUCGGUCUGUUUCGAUUGUCUCUUCAUUUGGAAACGUUAGUCACUACAAGCGUUCGGCGACAUCACGCACAAAGUGCCCCAUCGACCUGGCAUCAGCUGCAACCAACGAUACUAUUACAUACCUAAACAGUCCGCCGCCAUGCACUCCCUCGGCCAACACCACGGCCAGCCAUACCUAUAUCAAAACCUCGCGCCGCUCCCCAACUCGCUCCAUGGUCUCAAUCCCUUAUCCGCGACAAGUGCCAGUCUCGCAGCAGCCAGCGCGGCAGGGCUCGGAUACGGCAAUGCCCCGCCCGGAGAGCUCAAGUUCGUCCACCAGCAGCAGCAGCAGCAACAGCAGGCUGCUCUUACCCAGCAACCACAGUUGGACGAGGAGGAAGUCUACCAGCUCAUUCUGAACCUGACCUACCCGUCCAUGCGCGAACAGGCGCUCUUGGACUUGAGCAAGAAGAGGGAGGCGUAUGAGGACCUGGCGCCCAUCCUGUGGCACUCGUUUGGCGUCAUGGCGUCGUUAUUGCAGGAGAUCGUCUCGGUUUACCCAAUGUUGAUGCCGCCGACUUUGACGGGCCACGCUUCCAAUCGUGUUUGCAACGCUUUGGCACUCUUGCAGUGUGUCGCGAGUCACAACGAGACUCGCGGGCUGUUUCUCAAUGCCCAUAUACCCCUUUUCCUUUACCCAUUCCUGAAUACCACGAGCAAAACAAGACCCUUCGAAUACCUCCGUCUGACAAGUCUCGGUGUCAUCGGCGCACUCGUUAAGCAAAACGACAACUCGGAAGUAAUAAAAUUCCUCCUCUCAACCGAAAUCAUCCCCCUCUGCCUCCGCAUAAUGGAAACCGGCUCCGAGCUCUCCAAAACAGUUGCCAUCUUCAUCGUGCAGAAGAUCCUCCUCGACGACAUGGGCCUCAACUACAUCUGCCAGACAUACGAGCGCUUCUAUGCCGUCGGGACCGUGCUGUCCAAUAUGGUCAAUCAGCUCAUUGGCCAGCAGAGUAUUCGGUUGCUGAAACAUGUUAUUAGGUGUUAUUUGAGAUUGUCGGAUAAUUCGAGGGCGAGGGAGGCGUUGAGGCAGUGUUUGCCGGAGCCGUUGAGGGAUACCACUUUUUCGCAGAUUUUGAAGGAUGAUAUUACUACCAAGAGAUGCCUAGCAACCCUACUCCUCAACCUAUCCGACGGCGCAUAAAACCUCACAACCACGCGUACCACCACAUAGACACCGCCUGGAACCAAACACCACUACCAACCUCCUCCCCCAACACCACACCAUACAUCACUUGAUUUUGGUUAUUCUUUUGAACAUUAUGGGAUCUACGUAACGUUAUACUAUAUAUAGGCCUCAGGGGGCGGGAUACGUUGGAAGGCGAGUGUGUUUUAUGUAUGUAUGAGCGGGGAUCAUAUAGCGACCCCCCCACCCAUUUUGGUUUCACUGCAACAAAACCAUGUUUUUCUUAUCGCAAAUCGACCUCUGUAUACCUGACCUUCACCUGGGCUUUGGGGGUUAAUAGGAAGGGCGGUGUGUUUUGGGUUGGUUCCACAUAGAUUGAUUUCCUGACAUGGCAUUCGCGCCGACUAGUACAUA